CAUGAUUGACAUUGUUUAUGUAUGAUAACUGACCAGUUUGUAUCAAUCAGUGUGCCUUGAAUACAUUUUUUUUAAAUUAAAUUUAAAUAUGUGGAUAUUUACAUUAGGGUUAUUUCUACUGACUAUUUUAUUAAAAGAAGAGAGUGUAACAGCGGUAUCGGAAAGCAACUGUUCAUUCGUGCCACAGAAGAUCUGUGGAUUUACUGUAAAUCAGAAGUGGGUGAUUCAGAAUGGAACAUUUACUUAUAGAUUUCUCGCCAUUCCCCCCAGUCCGGACAAAGAUGGCUAUUUUGCUUUGUUUCAAACAAGCAAAGUACAAAACAAAACUCUAGAUACCAUCACAUCAGGAUUCGUGACUGCUGGUACUUACUGUAUAAAAUACUGGAUGUUCGCACAAUCGGCGCAAACUCAGCUGUACAUUAUUAAACAUACAACAGAAAAAGAUUACAACAUUUCUUUUUUUAAAAAUUUAACUCGUCAAUGGAAAGCUUUUGCAAUACCAGCAUCAUCGUCCUCGGAUUUUCAGGUGAAAUUUCAUUCAGUUGUCACCGACUUAGUGACCCACACUGGACAUCAUAUAUCUCCUCAUAUAUUCAUUGGACUAGAUGACGUACGGAUUGUCCCCAUAAAUGAUACCAACGGGAUUUAUUUUUUGACACAAUCGCGGUAUCCAUGAGAAGUAGUCCUUCACGACAACUGAGCAUGAUUAGCCAAUACAUGUCGGACUCAUGCGAUCAUAUCAUAGUAUCCAGUUGAUAUCAUACUUGAGGAACGCACUAGAGAAACUAUUAUUCUGUGCCGCUGUUUACAAAGUGAACAGCGGUUACCAUCUUUAUUGUGUAAACAGAUGUAAGUUUUCAUUUAUCCUUACACCGCUUGACAUGAAACUUUCAAACACUGCCUGAAUUCU